CGGAUCAAAGGUUCGGUCUUCGUCAUCGGUAUCGGGGUCUAGUCGUUGACCGCUAAGUGUGAUAUUUGAAAGGUCCCUUGAGAGCCUGUUUGUAGGGAGCGCAGGAGUGCUCGGCGUCUCUGCGCAGGGACACGAUAUGAACGUGUAGGGAAAAGGACGAGCCAUUAUCUGGCAGCUCAAAAUACAGGGCUUUUGACAAGAGCUAGCAAAAUCACUCUCAUGCUUUGAGGAACCGCAAUUGUGUUUGUUGACCUGUCGAUCAGAAGUCGAGGACGUAUUUAGAAUAUAGUGCGAGUCUCUUCCUGACGUAAAAUGCGUGUGUUUGAUUCCAAAUCGAAAUAUUACGUGCGCAUAUCCCAAUAGAACCUAUCCAUUUAUCGAAUGGCUACGUCCUUAGCUAAAUGUCAACGUCGAGGGGGAAGCGGAGGGUUGGCGAUGAGUUAGCCGUGUGCGCAAAAGCCAAAUGAAUAUAACAGCUGUAAAUGCAGCGAGUGUCGAUAUCCAGAAAUCUGCGCAAAGUGAGAAUCAGUAUAUAGUCCCUCACCAUGAGACUGUAGGGCUGUUGUGGUGGUAUUGUUUACCCUCGUAGUUCUGUUAUUUAUUUAUUCGUGGGCUGGCAUGCGGUGGUGAUUGUGGUUGAGAGUUUCUGCCAUUGUGAACAGGAGCUGCAAAAUUUCCCCUUCCACCGGCGACGUCACCAAGUAAAUAAGGUCGCGGACAACGAAACCAAUUUGCUUUCCUUUCUCUUCAUUAUUUACAUCAAUUACAUAUAAUAAUUACUUUAUACCUAUUUUCUCUCCUACCUAACUCUAUUGGCGCCCUUUUUCCCUUUCCGUCUCUAGAGGCCAAUGUCUCUCCGCACCAGGCUGCCAAAGCCUCUCCUUUUUCGGCAAGCAUUAAGCGCAGCUAGAAGAGGGUAUGCAGUACAGGCUCCCGGAGCACCAACACUGGAAGUUUUCAAUCGUAGGACGAAACUUCUGCAAAAGGAGCGGGUGGGCAAAAAUGUCGAGCUCAGCCGUAAGGUUGACUAUCUCAAAGACGAGGUCGCAUUUCGCCUGAGUGAGCGGCUACUUGACAUCAACCGCCAUUUCCCUAAUGUCCUCGACCUGGGCGCAAACAGUUGCAAUAUCGCGAAAGCACUCACGCAGCCAGUGCCUCCUCCCCAGCAGGAACAAAUAGAAGCAGGAGAUCAAUCGCAGGAGCAAGAGCCGUCUACAAAAACGCCGGCAUCAUCACCGCAUCCCACCACUAUCGGAAGUCGAAUUUCAACGCUAACAUGCAUCGACGAAUCCUCUUCCCUCCUCUACCGCGAUGAAGACCUCCCAUUCAAUUCCCAGCUGAAAAUUACACGUCAGGUGGUCCCCACUCUCGAAUCUCUCCCCUUCGAACCCAACACUUUCGACGCGGUCCUCUCCUCUCUCUCGAUCCAUUGGAUAAAUGACCUCCCCUCUCUCCUCACCCAAGUAAACCAUAUCUUAAAGCCAGACAGCCCAUUCAUCGCCGCAAUGUUUGGCGGUGAUACGCUCUUCGAGCUACGCACAUCUUUACAACUAGCGGACCUUGAACGGCGCGGAGGAGUUAGUCCGCAUAUCUCCCCCUUAGCUGACGUCCGGGAUAUUGGGGGAUUGCUCGGCAAAGCUGGCUUUAAGCUGCUCACGGUUGACGUGGAGGAUAUUGUCGUAGAGUAUCCGGACACGUUUGCUUUGAUGACUGAUUUACAGGCAAUGGGCGAGAAUAACGCGAUUCUGCGACGUGAGGCUGGGCCGAUAUCAAGGGAUGUUUUGCUAGCUUGUGAUGCUAUAUAUAGGGAGCUACAUGGGGAAGAGGGAAGGGAAAGGAUCCCUGCUACGUUCAGGUUGAUAUAUAUGAUUGGAUGGAAAGAAGGGGCAGGGCAGAAGCAGCCUCUGGCUCGUGGAAGCGGAGAAGUGAAUCUGAAGGAUAUACUUGGAGGAGGCGACUUUGGGCAAGGGUGAAAUUAAGCACCCGUGGCAUUUCCUUGAAUAGCUCACUGGUAAUGGGAAAUUCUGCGAGUAAAAGAGGAUGCUCCUCAUUGAGAUCUAUGUUUGAACUAAUAACUGCUCAAAGAGAACUUUUACCUACCUAGCGCUCCUGUAAAUAGCAAAAUUACAUCCAUGACCCCCCCCCCCCUCUCCCUUAGAAUAGCCUUUUCCUCCCGUUAUUUCUUUCAAACCGUCCUUCGAUCUGUCAUGACCCGAACAAUUGAUCCAACCCCAACAAUAUCAACCAAUUUCUCAUGCCAGCUCAAGAAUACGCUCAUUUGUUGUCCGCCGCCUCCCUCCCCAAGAUUCCGGCCCUGUAUUUGUGAAAAUCCAGUACUCUGUGGUGACAGCGAUGAUUUCUUCGACGGCGAGAGGCUCCCAGAUGAAAGCGAAGCCAUCCCUUUAUAUCUACCACCAAGCAUUAAAUGUCAGUAUUGUACAUGUACUUACCAAAGCACAACCCAAACUCAAACUUAGGUAGAAAUAGAACUAGAAACACCACUCACAAGUACUUCAUCAAACAAUCCCCUCUCUCCGCCCCGCCAUCCCCAGCACACACGCCCUCAAGCACCCUCGUCAUCUCUCCCUGUCUUAUGCCCCCCAACACCUCUACAACGGUAGCUAAAUGGACCUCCUUCGCCCUAUCAUCGCCGCCCAACGGCGCUGUGUCAAGUACAUGGCGCAAUGCCCCCUCCGAGUCGCCGGACCGGAGCAGUUGGCGGACCUGCGAGCCGAUGCUAGCGGCCGUGCUGGAGGUUGUGGGUGCAGGAAUGUUGCCUGGUAAAAGGGUCUCUAGGGGGAAGUUUACGGAGGAGUCUGGGUCGAUGCUGUCGACAUCGACGGUGCGAUAGUUUAUGAGGGACAUUGUGCGGUUGGUGGGGGCAGUGGUGGUUUCGUGGAGGGAAGGUUAGGCUGGGGCCUUGAUGCGCGGGGCCGUGUUGGGUGGUUUCCACCCCGCCGGUGAGCAGUUGAUCUGUUUGGUAUUAUCGAGAGGAGAGGUUGGUGCUAUUCACCAAAAACGGGAAGGGUAUUUCAUUUGUUCAGGGAAUAAGGCUAAUAGAUGGAGUUGGGUGUUGCCCUUGGAGGGAAGGUGGUUUAUGUCAGCGGCCGGCGGAUGCAUAAUGCCAAGCCCCUGCCAAGCCAGAGAAACCCACGGGGUUUGUACGGAGUACUUCCUAAUUACUAUCACUACUAACUACUAAGAGUUAAAUUACUUUGAGACUAGUGAAUGUUGAUUAGAAGUCUCAAAAGUUUCAAACUUCUUGC